GAUAGGAGAGGGAAGAGGACGAAGAAGAGGAGAAGAGAAAAUGAGGAGAAGUGAGAGAGAGACAGUCAUGGGGGAAGACGCAGACUACGCCAUUGCAAUGGCACUAGCUGCAGAUGAUGGAGAUCUGGCUAUGGCGGUCGCACUUGCUGAAGACGAGGAUGAUGUCGAAGGUGACUUCCAGAUUGGAGAUUCUCGUUCGUUACGCCUCAAGCAGGCACGUGGCAUCGCUCAGUUUAAAACCCAGCGUAGACAAGCAAACGCCAAUCCACGGCGUCGAAAACAGCCUACGAAAAGUGGAUGCAAGGGAGGGGAGGACACUGUAGUAGAUCUUCCUCCUCCUCCUCCUCCUCCUCCUCCAUCUAAACACCUCAAGACCGUUGAUGGGAAUUGCAAGGCCGUCAGAUCGGAACCGUGCACAUCGUCUUCUUCAGGAGAUGUUGAGCGUGAGAUCCGUGGGAAGAUAGGGUCUUCUGACUCUUGUCCGAAUAAUAACCAUAAGCAUAGUAAGGAGAUUCGUCGGCUCAGCUUGAGAAGUGAAGGUUUGGGGAAGGAACACAAGAAUGCCAGCCAUCGCGCCCUUCUUCAAAGGCAAAUGAGCACAGCAGGCAUAGCAGAGGCGAGGGCAAAUUGCCCCCCUUCCCCAUCUCCUCCUCCUCCCCCUCCCCCUUCCCCUCCCCCUCCCCCUCUCCACUGCCACGUGGCGCAAUUGGAGCCAAUCGAGGAUGCAGACACGUGGCUCGCGGGGAGGCUAUCACAGAUCGCAGGAGCGGAAGCGGGGAUUCAGCCUGUGCAAGAAGAAAAGGAUGUUCCACUCGAGGAAGAAGAGAAGGCUGACCGAGGCCGUGGAGGGAAUGAAUGGCUAGGAAGCCACGGAAGGGGAGCGGUAGGGGAAAGGAGAAGUACUGCUGUAUCACGACAGGAGACGGAGGGUUCUACUGACAGGGCUGCCGAUGCCGUCGAAAUCGGGGACGCUGGGGGUUCCGUGCGGCGUGCACUCCCUCAUGAUCGGACGGUUGCAGACCACUCCUUGAGGAUCUUGGGGAAGAAUCAGAGCAGCUCAGGUGCUUUGGCUUUCGAGGCAGCCAUGGCAGUAUGUAUGGAGGAGGAGGAGGAGGAGGAGAAGUCUAAGGAGGCUGCCGACGAAGAUCAAGAUCAUCUAGACUUGAUACCCGAAGAGAUGGUGUACGAAGAUCGAUGGCUAGAUGACGGGCAUGUGGAGGAGGAGGGGAGUGGUGGGGACUAUGUGGCUGGAAGAGAUGAGGAAGGAGCAAAACAGGAUGAGGAGAAGGUGAAUAAUCGUGAUGCCUAUAUGGACGGAAGAGACGAGGAAGGAGGAGCAAAGAAGAACGACGAGGAGGAAGAGAAUGGUGAACACUAUAUGAAUCGUGGAAAUGAGGAAGAGGCAGAAGCGGGCGAAGAGGAAUGUCAAGUUCUGUGGUGCCCUGUUUGCGGAAUGGAUAUGGGGUUUCUGACAACGGAUGAGAGACAGGCACAUGGUAACGAAUGUCUAGACAAGCUUGAACAACCUGGCCGGGUCGCUCCUGGAAAGAGGCAAGAAAUUGUCACAACAGCUAUGUUGGUGGCUGGUAAAGGCAACGGCAUUGCCUCCACCACAGUGGAACCGCUACCCAUGCUGCCACCUCCCGAGAGGCGCCGGCAAAUCACAGACUUUUUUGUCUGUAAAGAAGGCGGUCCAGCGAGGGGCACAGCUCCAGCCAAAUCUUCCAGACAAGAGAAGGGAAAAGGGGUGGUACCGUUAAUGACUGAUAAAAAGGGAGGGCAAAAUGGCCUGCACAACAAAAAAGGAGGGGCAUUUGGGCGACACCCGAUGUAUGCGCCUGUGGAUAGAGCGGCACCUCCUUGGGUGGUCGUACCUGGAACUGAGUUCAGAGUGUAUCAGCUCAAUGUCUGAUCUGCUGUCUAUCCGACUACCAAAAGGAAAAAGGGGAAAUUUGCAUUAUACCCCUCAAAGUUGUGGGUAUACUGGAAUGCCCUUUUGACC